CAGACACAACACAGAGCUGCAGCCGGAGAGCCAUCUGAGGACCUGACAGAGCACAGGCAUGAACGACAUCAAGCUGGCCCUGCUGGGGAGUCCGGGGGCUGGGAAAUCAGCUGUCCUUGUGCGGUUCCUGACCAGGCGCUUCAUUGGUGAAUAUGCCUCAAAUGCCAAUUCCCUCUACCAUAAAAGGCUGUCGAUCGAUGGCAGGCAGCUGAACCUGGAAGUUUUUGACCCUUGCUCUCAGAGCUCAGGGGCCAGGUGUAUACUGGAGGAGCCUGUGGACUGGGCAGAUGGCUUCGUGGUGGUGUACAACAUCAGCGACCGCACUUCCUUCAUCAACGCCAAGAACAUCCUGCGGCAGAUUCGGGAGGCGCGCGUGGACAACUGCAAAGGGGAGACGGAGGUUCCCGUGUGUCUGGUGGGUAACAAACAGGACCUGUGUCACGCCCGGCAGGUGUGCGAAGACGAGGGCCGCUGCCUGGCUCAGGAGAACCGCUGCCACUUCCAGGAGGUCUCAGCGGCCGAGAGUUACCAGGACAUCGCCAACCUCUUCACCCAACUCAUCCGGCAGGUGAUGGAGCAUCUCAAGUACAGAGCCGACAGACGGCGCUAUAGCGGCUCCAAGUCUAUGGCCAAGCUCAUCAACAAUGUGUUCGGCAAAAGGAGGAAGUCAGUGUGAUGGUCCCAGUGAAAGAUGACCAACUGGAGGGACUGGGAUGUUGUGUGUGGGCCCAUGUUAAAGGGAACUGGACAAUAAGUUGCAUGCUGGGUCAAAAUUCUGUUUUUAUUCAGACUUUUUCACUUAAAUUCAAAUGUAAAGCAAACAAAUGCAAAAAAAAAAAAAAAAAAGUUGCUUAUUUUAAUGGGUCAUAAGAGUCUUAAAUGAGGAGAACUGUACCUUCUCCUACCCUUGCAGUGUCAGUACUGAGUUUCAGCACUGCAUAUCAAAAAUGCUGAACCUUUCUGAGUAUUAACAAAAUGAUUCUAUGCAGUAUUCCAUUUAAAAGUCCUGCAAACCUACACAGGAUGUUUCACUUAAUCUUAUAAUCCUGGAAUUUAUGAGAGGUCAUGAAAGGCUAAGUUGAGCCACAAAGCUGUGAGGGAAAUGUCAAUCAAGCACAGUCUAAACUAGCUCACAUGGUCCAAAAUAAGCCAAAUCUCUCAAAUCAGUGUUUGUUUAUCUUCUCUCAGUUAAACUUUGCAGAAAUGUGCCAUAAAACUGAAAUUUCUGACUAAAAUCAGUGAAUAUCUUCCCAUCAAAGACCGCAUAAUGAAGACUCGGGUCGUCCAGGGCCACGACUUCGCAUGCUUUGAUACAGACGGUGUGUUACAGCAGAUCUUCACUGUUGGCAUCAGCAGCCACUUUCUAAUCACGACUGCAGUUAUUCAUAUGAAACCUGACUGGGAAGCUUUGAUUGGCUGUAAUCAGCUUCUCCUCCAUCCUCAUCAGACGUGACCGUUUAUCACAACACGGAGGAGCGCAAGAUUGAAAAGCUGCUGAUUAGCUUGUGACAGUGAAAUGUUCAGCCCGAGCCAACUUUUCUCCACCAAGGUUUCUUCUGGAAGUCCCGAAUCAGAGUGCUCAAGUUGUGAACUCAGGGUCACUAGCUGUCCCUGCUGUUUGCUGUGACUUCACAGAUCUAAUGUCUGUCUGCAGUGUUAUGUGGGGACAAAUGUGUCUUCAGUUUUAUAGGAUUUAUAAUGCUUUAGGUGAGGGCAAAAGCCAACUUUAAUGCAUUUUACUGACACUUUAAUGAACAUUACUACAUAUAUUUUAUAAUUUUUUCUAGUAAUGCUACUCUUUGGAAGCCAUAGUGUUUUCUCGUAUCUGAUUUCUAUACCGUUGACUGUAAUAUGUUAUACUAUCUAUGGUAGCCGUGAUUAAAGGCAUCAUUUAAAUUCAUUCACCAGUACAAAAAUGUAUGUAACCGUUUUAUAUUGUGUAUAUAUUAAUUAUUGUAUUUAUUUGCUCUUUUCAUGGAAUCCAAGGAUUUGAACAAUAUCUUGAAUGUGAACUGAAGACUUUCGAACUUUGUAAAACUUUAUGGAAAAAAAAAGCCUGCUAACGCACAUCAGUGCAGGGCAUGAACUCAUUUAAUGCUGAGCUGUUGUUCUUUUUAAAUCCAGUUACGUCACCAUGAUGCUGUGAAGAGAGGAUGUCCCACACAUCGUGAAAAAACAAGCUCACAUAUGCAGCGUUGUGUAGAUGAAUGUUCCGUUUGUAAAUACAGUACAAACAUCGGAUGUUCCA